AUGGCGGCGCAUAUCCUCGCGGGGGUCCCACCACUGAACCUCCUGGCAGAGAUGUACUCCAAAUUGUACCGACGUACAAAGGAAAUCCGCCGGGGGGUUCCCAAAGGGGCCUCCGAGGAAUUGGACCGCGAAGUCGAGGUGGCCAGGUCCCAAGCCUGGCGGUCUCUAAUGGCGCAGUGGCAGCGCCAACUGGCCGAUUACGGCCACUUGGAGAUCGUCAGGGCCGUCCAACCCGUCUUCGAUAGAUGGAUGGACGGCAGCCGUGGUCUCACUUACGAGAUGUCACAGAUACUCUCCGGGCAUGGUUGCUUCGGAGAGUAUCUGUUCCGGAUCGGUCGCAAGUCCGCGCCAACGUGUCGCGCGUGCAACUCCGUGCCGGACUCCGUCGCUCAUACACUACAAGAGUGCCCCGCCUGGGCGGAGGAGCGACGCGAGCUCCGGGCGGAGUUGCGGGUGGGCUACCUCACGAUACCGGCUAUCGUUGAUGCGAUAGCCGUGGAUGAAGACAUUGUGAUCAACAUCUCUAAUGACGUCUCUGAUGACAAGAUGGAAGUGGAGGUCAUCACGAUCUCUGAUGACGAGGAAAAGAAGAAGACGACGAAUAUGACAUAUACGACCCUGUGUACUACAGGCAGGUGA